AUGCGAAAUCUGAAAAAGUCGCGAUGGCUCAAGCAGACGUGCAGCCAAGCAGACACCGAGAGCGCCUCCGUCGCCGUUGUCGCAGCCGUCUUUGUACUCAUUGCCUUCGUCGCCUUCUACCGCGUGUUCCUCCACUCUCUAGCUCACGUACCUGGGCCAUUCCUCGCAAAGUUGACCAGCCUCUGGCGCGACGCUGGGUACCGCCGUGGCAAAUGGCACGAGGAGAUUCUCGCGAUCCAUGAAAAGUACGGACGUGUCGUCCCAAUCACCCCUAACGAGGUUUCAGUGGUCGAUGAAUGGGCGAUGAAGAACCUGUACAGCCACGGCCACAAUGCCCUGAAGACCCCGUGGUACUCGGUCUGGGACCCUCCGCAGACGGCGCCUCAACUGUUCUCGGCGCUGGAUAAGAAGGAACACGGCUUCUUGCGGAAGCGCGUUUCAGGUGCCUACUCCAUGUCCUCGAUUCUCAAAUACGAAAAUUACAUCCAGUGGACUAACGCCUUUGCUUUCGAUGUUGUGGGCGAGCUGGGAUACGGAUCCCAACUGGACAUGCUGAAGACUGAAACCGACGUCAAUAACCUCAGGCAGAAUAUCUUCGAUGUCUUCAAGCUGUUGUCAUGCAUGGGGCAUUUUCUAGACCAACUGUGGAUCUUGAACAACGCCGCGGCUGCUAAACUGCUCGACAUUUUAGGCGGAGCGCCACCAUUGCUACCCUUCCGCAACAGGACCUUCAAGCAGGUACAAGAUCGACUUGACCACGUCGACGAAGUCAAGCGGGAAGACAUGCUUCAGCAUUCCUGCCGGAUGAAAGAUGCAAAAGGUAACCCUGUGAAAGUCGAAGAGGUAGUCAUUGAAGCAAUGAAUCUCAUCGGUGCUGGUGCAGAUACCACGUCCAUAGGGAUGCUAACAUACCUGUUCUAUGUAGUGUCAAACCCUGACUGUUACCGGAGGUUGCAGAAAGAAGUCGAUGCCUUCUACGAGGACAACAAGCUCGAUAGCCCAUUAACAAUGCUACCUUCCAUCGUCUUCCAACUCCUCCGACAUACUCCGCCCAACUUUACGGUCCGAGGCAUACACAUCCCCGUGGGCACAACAAUCGGGAUCAGCCCCAUCGCCCAAAAUAGAGAUAAGGAGAUCUGGGGCCCAGACGCCAAUAAGUUCCGACCCGAUCAAUGGCUCGAGGACGAGGAAAAGGCUAAGCUGUUUGAAAGCGCUACCAUUACAUUUGGAGGCAGUGGCCCGAGGAUGUGUGUUGGCCGCAACAUCGCGCUGGCUGAACUGCACAAAUUCCUGGGACAGUUCGUACGCAAUUUCGACUUCGAGUUCGUAAACAAAGAUCAGCCGUGGACGAUUACCACUUUCUGGUUCGCGUACCAGAAGAAUCUAAUGAUGAACAUCAAGCCACUGCUAGCAAGAGUCGAUGUACAUCAGAUAAUACAUAACUGGUCAUUGUGA